CACCAUGGAGGUCCCAGCUCUCUGCAUCACACUGUGGAUGGAUGUGUUGAUGUUGCUGGUUGCCCAUAUUCAGCAUGGUUACCCUCAGACCCCUGUUUCAGACGCAGCUUUUCGUAUCGUUCCAACCAGACUGCAGCUCUUUGAAUACGAGUCUGUGCAUUUCACCUGUGAGGGGUUUAAUGUCUCGGCUGGGUGCAGAGUGAGAACCAUCGAGGAAUCAAUGUCAACGCGUUCAAAUGGCUCAGUGACGUCAACAGUGACCUGCACCAUUGACUUUGCCUUUCCAUCGGAUAGCGGAGAAUACUGGUGUGAAGCUGGAGGAGGACAGAGAAGCAACACUGUCAACAUCACUGUCACCGCUGGUUCUGUGGUCCUGGAGAGUCCUGCUCUUCCUGUGAUGGAGGGAGAUGCUGUGACUCUGAGAUGUAGAACCAAGAUGACUCCCUUCUCCAGUCGCAUCACCAAUUUCUAUAAAGAUGGCCGCCUCGUCGGGAGCAGUCCUACAGGAAACCUGACUAUUGAAAGUGUUUUCAAGUCUCAUGAAGGCCGCUACAAGUGCAACAUCCCUGGAGCUGGAGAAUCCCCAGAGAGUCGGCUGGCUGUCAUAGAAGAGAAGUAUACUGGCUCAGUGACGCACCGCGCAGACAGAACAGAGAUGGUUUCCCACCAGUACUACGUCCUGCUCUGGACCGCUGUCUCUGUCGUGUUGUUCCUGCAGCUGUUGGUGAUCGGACUACUUUCCUGGAAGAAACACCUAGUCUUAUUGGAGGUCAUGUUGAGUGAUCCAAACAAGGACCUGUACGCUGUCGUCCAAAGAGACAAGAAGAAAAAGAAGGAUGCCGCUGAUAAUUUGAGCCUCGACACAAACCGAAGCACAAAACCACAGACAGACAAAUGUAAGAGGGCCCCUCAACCCCUGCAGUCCACCACAGGACCAAAGUAGCAUUCUGACAUUAGCUCAAACCCAAC